AAGUGCCCGCGUUGGAAAAAAAACCCUCCUUCUCUGUCUCCCCAAAACCGCUACCCAUAAAAUUUGUUCCCUCCAAAACCUCCAUCACAGGGAUUAGGAGAGAGAGAGAGACUGAAUUACGCGGAGAGAGAGAGACAUCAGAGGCGGCGGCGCCAGCACCACCACCGUCUCCACCGACUGCGUCGCUCUCUCAUCAAUGGGGAAGGACGACGAAGAAAUGAGGGGAGAAAUCGAGGAGAGGCUAAUAAACGAGGAGUACAAAAUCUGGAAGAAGAACACCCCUUUCCUGUACGAUCUGGUCAUAACCCACGCCCUCGAGUGGCCGUCGCUCACCGUGGAGUGGCUCCCCGACCGGGGCGAGCCCCCGGGGAAGGACUACUCCGUCCAGAAGAUGAUCCUGGGGACCCACACCUCCGAAAACGAGCCCAAUUACCUCAUGCUUGCCCAGGUCCAGCUCCCGCUCGAAGACGCCGAGAACGACGCGCGGCGCUACGACGACGACCGGGCCGAUGUUGGAGGGUUUGGCUGCGGCAGCGGAAAGGUUCAAAUAAUCCAGCAAAUAAAUCACGAAGGAGAAGUUAACAGAGCUCGUUACAUGCCUCAAAACCAAUUUAUUAUUGCCACCAAGACCGUCAGUGCUGAAGUUUAUGUUUUUGAUUAUAGUAAACAUCCAUCAAAGCCUCCACUAGAUGGCGCCUGCAAUCCUGAUUUGAGGUUGAGGGGCCAUAAUACCGAAGGGUAUGGUUUAUCUUGGAGCCAAUUUAAGCAGGGUCAUUUGUUGAGUGGUUCUGACGAUGCCCAAAUAUGCUUGUGGGACAUCAAUGCUAGUCCUAAGAAUAAGGCUCUUGAUGCUAUGCAAAUAUUUAAGGUUCAUGAAGGUGUUGUAGAGGAUGUAGCAUGGCAUUUGAGGCAUGAGUACUUAUUUGGUUCGGUCGGGGAUGACCAAUAUCUGCAUGUAUGGGAUCUUCGGACUCCAUCAGCUGAAAAGCCAAUCCAAUCUGUAGUUGCUCAUCAAAGCGAGGUUAACUGCUUAGCUUUCAAUCCCUUCAACGAAUGGGUCGUGGCAACCGGGUCUACGGAUAAAACUGUGAAGUUAUUUGAUCUCCGCAAGAUCUCCACUGCUCUCCAUACCUUUGAUCGCCACAAAGAAGAGGUUUUCCAAGUAGGGUGGAGUCCAAAGAAUGAGACCAUCCUAGCUUCUUGUUGUCUUGGGAGAAGGCUCAUGGUGUGGGAUCUAAGCAGGAUUGACGAAGAACAGACACCAGAGGAUGCUGAAGAUGGCCCGUCUGAGUUGCUAUUCAUCCACGGUGGACAUACUAGUAAAAUUUCAGACUUCUCAUGGAAUCCUUGUGAAGAUUGGGUAGUUGCUAGCGUGGCUGAAGACAACAUACUUCAGAUCUGGCAGAUGGCUGAGAACAUAUAUCAUGAUGAGGACGAUGUACCGGGAGAUGAAUCAACGAAAGGUGCCUAGAGAUUCCAAAUUAGAGAGAUCAAUCAGGAGCUACAAAGAGAUGGAACUUAAAGAUCAGGAGCGUCUAGGUCUUUGCACCUCUUGAUUUGGCCUGACCUUUACGGUGUAUAUUUGGCACCUUGUUCUUAACUGAAUUGAAUUGUUGUUAUGUUAUGUACCCCCCAGCAGCCCUAGGGCAAAUUUACAAGCUCAAGAAUGGGUUAAUUUUAGGAUUGUGGUUUUGCCUCAUUGAUGAAGCUGUUAUUUUCUGCCUGGAGGCCAUCAAACAGAGAUUCCAUAGUGUUUGUCACAGCUUAUCA